AUGCCCUUUGACAGACACUUCACACCAGCAUGGUUUACUGUUAUUAUGGGUACCGGGUCUGUUUCCAUCCUGUGGCACAAUUAUCCAUAUCUCAAUGAUUCCGCGACGUUCAAAAUUUUUACACUCAUAUUUUUCUUCCUCAACCUCUCGCUGUUCAUGAUCUUCACUGCGCUCACGAUCGCGCGGUACAUACUCUUUCCCGACAUCUGGGGCAUCAUGAUACGGCACCCCGUCCAAAGUCUUUACGUCGGAGGCUACCCAAUGGGCGCCACCACACUUAUCAACAUCGCCGUUGGCGAAAUAAACCAGCAGUACGGGCUCGGCGGCAAGGGUUUCUUGUACACCGUUUGGGCGUUCUGGUGGGCAGACGUUGUACUCUCGUUCAUUUGUGCAUUCGCCAUCAUCCAUGUUAUGAAGACGCGUCAAGAUCAUGCCCUCAGCCGGAUGACUGCCAUCUGGGUUCUGCCCGUCGUAACGCUUAUUGUCGCAUCCUCAACCGGGGGCAUCCUUGCUUCAGCACUUGUUCAAUACUCCCAAUACUACGCACUCAUCACGCUUACCCUCUCGGUCUUCAUGGUUUCGGUCGGCCUUGCGCUUGCCAUGAUGAUCCUCACCGCGUACCUCCUGCGACUCAUCCUCUACGGCAUACCACAGGGGGGAAGUGUCAUCAGCACUUUCGUCCCUCUUGGACCCAUGGCACAGGGAGGAUACAGUAUCCUGCUACUCGGACAAGGCUUCCGGAGUGUCCUGCCUCUGCAGAAUAAAUCGCAGGUCCUGACGAGCAGCACCACCGGCGACAUCAUCAACGUCAUUUGUGUCGUCAUCGCCUUCAUUCUGUGGUCUCUGGCUACAAUGUGGCUGCUCUACGCUUUUCUCGCAGUACAAGAGGUGUUGCGUCAGGGUUUAUUCCCGUUCAAGCUUCCCAUCUGGGGAAUGGUUUUCCCUAAUGGUGUAUACGCCAACGUGACCAUUCAAUUGUACCGCGAGCUCGACAUCAACUCCAUGCGCGUCUGGGGAGCAAUUUACUCGCUCGUGGUAUUAAUCGUUUGGGCUGCAGUCUUCGUGAAAACGCUCACCAUGCUCCGGAGCGGAGAAAUCUUUGAGUCGCCCUGCAUUGAGGAAAUUGACAUGAGCAAGGAUACCGCGGACUCAGACUUGGAGGCGGGAGAUAUCAGCAUGCAGCAGGAUUUGACAGGCGACGCAGAGGCUACGGUCGGCGUAGGAAUUAGGAAUGCAACUGCACAGUGGAGCGGUAUCACACUUAGUACAGUGUCCACGCAGUAAUCCCUCCGAAGAAUGUCAGUUGUCC